AUGGCUUUGAAGAUCUUUGAGAUCGAUUCCACACUUCGUGGCUGUGAAGGUCAAAUCUGGGAUCGAGUCAAUGGCUACAGGUGGUGGAAGAAUGAGUUGCAAGAGAAGGAGAAUGGCAUGGCAGAGUUUGCUGAAGGAUACAAGAUCUUUGGCUUCAAUCGCACCAAAGGUGGAUAUGUCUACCGUGAAUGGCUCCCCAACGCCAAGCAGGCCUUCCUGAUUGGUGAGUUCAACGGCUGGCAGAACAGCACACCGCUGCAGAACGAAGGCUUUGGCCGUUGGAAGGUGGAUCUGCCCAACAAGGAGGAUGGUAGCCCCAUGAUCCCGCAUGCCAGUCAGUUGAAGGUGCGCGUGGAAUCGAACGACGGUGGAUGGCAUGACCGCGUGCCUGCUUGGAGCAAGUUGGCUUGGCAAGAUCACACCACCAACCUCUUCAACGGCGUCUUUUGGGAGCCGCCGGAGGAGAAGCAAUAUGUCUUCCAGCACGCUCGCCCGGAGAAGCCCGAGAACCUGAAGAUCUACGAAGCACACGUCGGGAUGGGCUCGGUCGAGCCCAAGGUGGCCACUUACGUGGAGUUCGCCGAUAACAUUCUCCCGCGCAUCAAGCGCAUGGGCUACAACUGCGUCCAGCUCAUGGCUGUGGCGGAGCACGCUCACUACGGCUGCUUCGGGUAUCACGUGACCUCGUUCUUCGCGCCGGCCUCGCGUUCGGGGACCCCCGAAGAGCUGAAGUACCUGGUCGACACGGCCCACGGUCUUGGAAUUCAUGUCUUGAUGGACCUGGUCCAUGCGCACGCCUCGUCCAACACCCUGGAUGGCAUUGCACAGAUGGAUGGCACUGAUCAUUGCCGCUGGGACCCAAGGGCCACCACAGCGAGUGGGACUCGAAGAUCUUCAACUACCUGA